AUGGAGACGGGCAUCUACGCGGUGUGGCGCAGCAGCAAGGGCGGGGACUGCACCCGCAUCGCCCCUUCGGCCCGCUGCUUCUGCAACCACAGCUACGCGGACCACUUCUUCGUGUCACCCAAGGCGCCGUACCCGAUAUGCAAGGCCUGCUCUUGCCGCGCAUUCGCCUUCGUGCCCUCGCGGCCGGAGGAGGUGGGUGAGUGGUGGCUACCCCGGCGCAAGGGUUUCAACGUGCACACCUGGCGAGCCAAGUGCCGCUGCGGCCACGGGCAUGACGAACACGACCCCAACGCCAGGAGGUGCCGCUGCGGCUGCUCCAUGUUCCAGUCCAACUUUGCAUGCCUGGUAUGCGACCUCAAGUGGGAGGACCACGAGACGGUGUUUGAGAGCGCCACGGAGCGGCUGAUGGCGGGCAGGCCGGUGGGAGAGGACUUCAGGCCCCUGGCGGACGACUCGGCCAUCAGGGAGCUCGUGUUUCCGGGAGAACAUGGGGCGGCGGCGGUGGACUGA